CCUUCGGUGUGGAAACAUGAAGCAGAGAAAUAUUAUACAAUGAAAUAUUCGUGGUGGCAAGCGUAAGACCUUCACUGCCACAUCUAUGGAGGGGUCGACAUCCCGGAUAAUCACAGAGCUCGAAGAGAUCCGGUACUUGGACAAUCCCACAAAUCCACAGUCCCAACCCCAACCGCUCUCCGAACCCACGCUCUUAGAUCUCCAAACCCUCCUUGACCAGACCCUCGAUUCCAAUGAUUCGGAACUCCUGGACCGCCUCUACGACGACCUUGCGUCCAAAUCGCUCUCCCCAAACCACCUCGUCCCUCCGAUAGCCACCGCCAUGGACUCGGGCCCCAUCCAUCUGUCCCUCUUGGCCUCCAAGGUCUACCUCUCGCUGCUUCUCUCACCGAAUGCCCCUGUUUUCACUCUUUUUGCACCAAUGGCGUUUCUAUCUCUCCUUCACUCUAUCCGCCGGUCUCUCAAGCGUCGGCCACAGGUCCCACAGCCCGAUAUCGAGGGGUCCCACGCUGCGGCUAAUAGGAAGAGGAAGGGUGGUGGCAAGCGAGGCAAGGGAUUGAGGAAUACUGCCAGAAAUUCGUACUCUGACAGGAGUGAUAACGAAGAGGGUGAAUUCGAUGUUAGAGCUUUGUUUCCUGUGCUCGAAAUGUUGGAAUUGGCAAUGGGUUUGAUUCACUUGGACCGGUUUCCGGAUAGUUUGAAGUCUUUAGUCCAAACCGUGGCCGAGGUUCCAGUAAUGGCGGUUGAGAUCUGUGAUAAUUCCGGUGCUUAUAACCGACUAACAGAUUUGUGCUCGCGGAUUUUGAGUGAAGUUUUAAGGCCGGAGCAUGGGGAACCGGCGGAUACAGCGGCCGAGGUGUUGAAGUCAUUGUCACCGUUAAUUCUUCGGCUAAAAACGCAGGCACGGAUGUUUGCUUUGGGGUUUAUAACGAAUCAGAUGAUGGAUUUAGCGAAGCGUCCUGAGGGAGUGAAGAAAGCGGUCGUGAAUCUUCCGAGGUAUUUGGCACAGAAGGCGCCGGAGAAGUCUGAGCCUCGGGCUCUAGCUGUGGAAUCCAUAAUGGAGAUUGUUAAGGUUAUGGAAUUCAGUGAUCAAAUUGGGUUUGUGGAGUAUGUGGUGAAGAUGACACAAGGAAAGGCUAACCUUAGGCUGCUGGCGGUUGACCUUAUUUUGAUGCUUAUGACGACUUUGAGGGAUCCAUUCGGUGUGGAUUUGGACAUUGAAGUGAAGGAUUCAUGGGGUUUGAGGUGUAUGGAGGCUGUGAUCCUACGUUGUUCGGAUGUGAAUGCUGGAAUUCGUGCUCGGGCCUUGUCAAACUUGGCGCAGCUGGUUGGGUUUUUGGCAGGUGACAACAGAAGCCGGGCUGUGUUGCAAGAAGUUAUGGGGUUUGGCAAUGCGGGUGUGCAAAGGGUGGAGGGAGGUAUGAACGAUCUUUUGAGGAAAAGGUGUAUGGAUGAGAAGGCAGCAGUCAGGAAGGCCGCACUUCUUCUGAUUUCCAAGUUGACUGCCCUUCUAGAUGGUGCCCUCGAUGAAAUUGUGCUCAAGACCAUGGGCAUGUCUUGCUCGGAUCCUCUUGUUAGCAUAAGGAAAGCGGCGAUUUCAGCUCUUUCAGAGGCUCUCAGAAUAUUCUCAGAUGAAAGUGUGACUACUGAGUGGCUUCAUUCGGUUCCACGUUUAAUAACUGAUAAUGAAGCUAGCAUUCAAGAAGAGUGUGAGAACUUGUUUCUAGAAUUGGUACUUGACCGAAUAUCUAGAGCUGGAUCAGCUAGUUCUUCCCAAAUGGGGUCCGUUUUCUGUGAUCCAAGCCUCGAAACAAAAGGUUUAGAACAGGAACUGGAGUUGUUGUUCCCUGGAGUGUUGGGUCUCUUGAGAGAGAUUUGCAAUGGAGAGGUGACACCUUGGGUGAAGAAAAUUUGUGCAAGCUUGGGUAAGAAGAAACGGCUUAAGCACAAUAUUGUUAUUGCGCUUCAGAAUAUUAUUAGGACAUCUGAGUCUCUCUGGCUAAGGGAAUCUAUGCCGAUAGAGAAGUGGACAGCACCACGGGGUGCUUGGCUUCUUCUAUCUGAGGUAUCGGCAUACCUUUCAAAAGCAGUGGACUGGGAGUUCCUCCACCAUCAUUGGCAGCUCCUUGACAAGCAUGGACCAAGAGGUGGGCUUAAAAGUCCCCAUGCACAAGGAGAUGCAGAUGAAGAGGAAGAGAGCACGAAAUCCAAUUCUGUUGCUUGGGCUGGGGAUCGUGUUUUUCUUUUGCAAACAAUCUCUAAUGUUUCUGUGGAGCUGCCUACAGAACCUGCUGCAGAUUUGGCUCAUAACUUGCUUAAACGAAUUGAAGUGUUCAACAUGCAUUCAACCGAGAUUAAUGCUCAUGUAAAAGCACUUAGGACAUUGUGCAAGCAGAAGGCUUCAAGUCCUGAGGAGGCUGAUACACUUGUUAUGAAAUGGGUACACCAGCUUCUCUUGAAGGCUUCACAGAUUUUAGAAAAGUACAUUUUAGAGGUUUCAAAAGUGACCAAGCACAGCAGCUUCUUUACACCACCCAGUAGAAAGGGCAAGAGAGCAGCAAUCAUGUCCAGGCUACUCUCAGAAGCAGUCACGGCCGUUUAUACUAUUGGAUCUAUGGUUAUUGUUUGUCCGACUGCUGAUAUGAACACCAUUACUCCUCUAUUGCACACCAUAAUAACUUCAGGCAAUUCCGAUCCAAAAUUGAAUAAAUUGCCAGGCCCUGCAGUUUCCCUAGAGCAAGCUGCGCCUUCUUUAUACAUUCAAGCUUGGUUGACAAUGGGGAAGAUUUGCCUUGCAGAUGGGAAACUUGCAAAGGAUUAUAUUCCUCUUUUUGUGCAAAAACUUGAAAAGAGUGAGUGUGCUGCUCUUCGCAACAAUCUUGUAGUGAUGAUGGCAGAUUUUUGCAUUCGGUAUACCGCUCUAGUUGAUUGUUAUAUAGCAAAGAUCACAAAGUGUCUCUGUGACCCAUGUGAACUGGUGAGAAGGCAGACAUUUAUAUUGCUCUCAAGAUUAUUGCAGAGGGACUAUGUGAAGUGGAGAGGAGUGUUAUUCCUGCGAUUUCUUUUGUCGCUCGUUGAUGAAUCAGAAAAGAUCAGACAACUUGCUGACUACCUUUUUGGGAGUAUUUUAAAAGUCAAGGCACCUCUUCUAGCUUACAACAGUUUCGUGGAAGCCAUUUUCAUUCUGAAUGACUACCAUGCUCAUAAUGGACAUAGUGGUUCUAAGGGUUCACAAGAGAGCCGACUUUUCUCCAUCAGGGGUAAUGAUGAGAAUUCGAGAUCAAAAAGAAUGCACAUUUAUAUUUCUCUGCUGAAACAAAUGGCUCCAGAGCACCUUUUAGCCACAUUUGCAAAGUUAUGUGCAGAGAUUCUUGCUGCAGCAUCUGAUGGCAUGCUCAGCAUAGAAGACAAUACUGGACAGUCUGUUCUGCAGGAUGCUUUCGGAAUUCUUGCCUGCAAAGAAAUCCGAAUUCCAUCCAACCGUGGAGCAUCAUCUGACCCAGCAGACAUUGAUGAAGAAGGCUUAGAUGGUGGAGGUGCACCUGCAGCUGCUGCUAGAGGAAGGGCUAUAAAUCAAGCAGUCAGAAAGGGCCUUAUCCAAAAUACAAUUCCCAUCUUUAUAGAGCUGAAACGUCUAUUAGAAAGCAAGAACAGCCCCCUCGUGGGCUCUCUCAUGGGAUGCCUCAGAAUCCUUCUCAAGGACUACAAGAAUGAGAUUGAUGACAUAUUGGUUGCUGAUCAGCAACUUCAAAAAGAACUCAUUUAUGACAUGCAAAAGUAUGAUGCAGCAAAGACCAAAUCUACAGCUGCUGAGGCACUUGCCAAGAUGCAAAAAUCAAGUUGCUAUCAGUCACCUGAUUUUUCUAAGGCUGCGAGCAGAAAACAUGCCCAGGAUAAGCUGAAAAAUGAUUCAAAACUGGCCUCAGCAAUGGCAGAUGCAGCAGCUAUGGCCACAGCUCGUUCUGUGCUAAGUGAAGUGAACAAGGGAGCAUCCACACCGCCACUUAGUUCCUUAAGUGUGCCUAAGCUCAAGUCUUGUAAUGCCAGGGGCGCUUCACAAUGCGAUCGUCCUUUAGAUGUAUUAGAAUCUUUGAGGAAAAGACAAUCUUUCGAUUCUGAUGAAGAAAAUUGAUGCCUCUAAUAACACAAAUUCCCAUCAAGAAGCCAAUGUAUAAGUUCAAAGAUAAGGGCUAUUUGUUUCUCAUUUCUACUUCAAUGUAAAUAUUCACAUUCAACUUUCUUUUUCGAGAUAGAACAUUCCAACAUUUUUGUAGAACAUGGGAAUCUAG